AUGCAUAAUCCAGGAGGAGAAACGUUACAUAGGAAAAAUAUUCUUCAACUACAAGCGAACGUGUUCCAAGAAGCCACGCAGUUACAAGACCCUUUGCCACCUCCACAGCUCCCGUCUCCCGUUACAAAGGAUCCAGUGCCUCAGCCUUUAAGUAUAGGAAGAUUGAAUAAUAUACAGACCACUGAAAGAAAAAACGGCAAUCAUUUGAUCAGAAAAUCUGCGGAAGCUUUAGAAUAA